AGUACAUCAAGAGGACCCACUGCAGGGAAAGAUUGCUCUAGAGGAAGAGGGCACCCCAGCAAAAGCAGCCGUGCAAAGGAGGGUCGCUCAGUGGAGGGUGUUAGCAGUACAUCAAGAGGACCCACUGCAGGGAAAGAUUGCUCUAGAGGAAGAGGGCGCCCCAGAAAAAGCGGCCGUGCAAAGGAGGGUCGGUCAGUGGAGGGUAGUGGCAAUACAUCAAGAGGACCCUCUACAGGGAAUGAUCGCUCUAGAGGAAGAGGGCACCCCAGAAGAAGCGGCCCUACAGAGAAGGGUCGCUCAGUAGAGGGUGGUAACAGUACAUCAAGAAGACCCUCUGCAGGGAAAGAUCACUCUAGGGGAAGAAGACGCCCCAGAAAAAGCUGCCCUACAGAGAAGGGUUGCUCAGUUGAUGAUGGUAUUUAUGCACCAAGAGAAUCCUCUGCAGGGAAAGAUCUCCCUCCGGGAAGAAUGCACCCUAACAAAAGUUGUCGGGCAGAAGAGGGUCACUCAGUCGAAAAUGGUAGCUGUACAUCCAGAGGGACCUCGGCAAGGAAAGAUCGUCCUGCAAAAAGAGGUCACCCCAACAAAAGCGGCCCUGCAGAGGAGGGUAGCUCAGAUGAGAGGAGUAUUUGUAUAUCAAGAGGACCAUCUACAGGGGAAGAGCGCCCAGCAAGACGAUGUUGCUUCAGCAAAAGCAGCCUUGCAGAGCAGUGGUGCUCAAUCAAGUGUGGUAUCUGUGUACCAAGAGGACCCUCUGCAGGGCAAGAUUGCUCUGGAGGAAGAAGUUGGCCCGACGAAAGCGGCCCUGAAGAGGAGAGUCACUUGGUCGAGAAUGGUAUUUGUACACCAAGAGGAUCUUCUGCAGUGAAAGAUCUCCCUGCAGGAAAAGGCCACCCCAACAAAAGCAGCCCUUCGGAGGAGAGUCACUCAGUCGAGAGUGGUAUUUGUGCAACAGAAGUACCCUCUGCAGAGAAUGAUCGCCCUGAAGGAAGGGAGUGCCCUAACAAAAGCGGCAGCCCCUCAGAGGAGGGUAGCUCAGAUGAGAGGAGUAUUUGUAUAUCAAGAAGACCAUCUACAGGGAAAGAGCGCCCAACAAGAAGAUGUCACCUCAAUGAAACGGGCCUUGCAGAGAAGGGUCGCUCAGUUCAGAGUGGUACCUGUACACCAAGACGACCCUCUGCAGGGAAAGAUUGCCCUGUAGGAGGAGGUCACCCCAACAAAAGCGGCCCUGCAGAGGAGGGUUGGUCAGUGGAGGGUGGUACCUGUGAAUCAAGAGGACCCUCUAUAGGGAAAGAUCGCUCUGGAGGAAGAGGGCGCCCAAGCAAAAGAGGCAGUGCAGGGGAGGGUCACUCAGUCACGGGUAGUAGCAGUACAUCAAGAAGACCCUCUGCAGGGAAAGAUCGCUCUGGAGGAAGAGGGCACCCCAACAAAAAUGGCCUCAUAGAGACAGUGCAGUCAAGCAAGGGUGGUAGCAGUACAUCAAGAGGACCCUCUGAAGGGAAAGAUCGCCUCACAGGCAGAAGUGGGCUUCCGAAGAAAAACCAACCUGCAGAGAAGGGUCUCUCAGCAGAGAGUGGAAACUGUGCAGAGAAAGGACCUUCGGAGGGGCAGGAGCACCCUUCAGGAAGAGGUUGUCCCCAAAAUAGUCACCCUGAAGAGGAAUUUCGCUCCUUUGGAAGGGGUAAAUCUGCAAAACGAGGGCCCUCUGCACGAAAAGAUCACCCCAUUGGCCGAGGUAGGCCUCCAAAGAAAAGCUGCUCUGAAAAGGAUGGUUGCUCAGCAGAAAGGGGUAACCAUGCAGAAAGGGGACCAUCUACAGGAAAAGAUCAUUCCAGAGGCAGAGGUCAGCUUCGCAAGAAAAGCCACCCUGCAGAGGCAGGGAGCUCAGUUGAGAAGGGUGGUAAUGCAGAGAGAGGGCCCUCUGCCAGGAAAGAUUCCCACACUGGGAGAGGUCAGCCUCCAAAGAAAAGCCACCCUGCAGAAAGGCAUCUAUCUGCCUCUAUGAAAGGUUGUCCUCCCAAAAAACAACGACCUGCAGAGAAAGUUGUCUGUGUGAAGGGAGUUCGUUCUCCAGAACGAGGUCACUCCAUGGAGAGAGGUCACCUUGUUAAGAAAAGUUGUCUGGCAGAGGGACAGCUCUCUGCUGAGAAAGGCAGCAUGGCAGAGCAGGGUUGCUCCUUUGAAGAUCUUUCAGAGAAGAGAGCUCACUCUUCCCAGGGAAGCUGCACAGCAGAAGAAGGGAGUGCGGAAGACAAUAUGCUUUCUGUGGAGAAAGGUCAUCCCUCCAUGGAGACAGGCUUCCCUGAAGAGAAUGCCUCUUCAGGAUCCAUGUCUAAGGUGACAGAGCCAAACAAAAUGCAGAGUCUUCCAGAAAACAGAAUUGGCAGUGAUACCAACCAAGUUGCCCAGGUCCCUCAUGGCAACGUGCCUGUGACUGUGAAGAUAAAAGUGGGAGUUGAGUUGAAAGUGCCCGAUGAACUGAAGUCUCGUCUUGUUGAGGACUGGGACUUGAUCAACAAGCAAAAGCAGUUAUUCCAACUUCCUGCUGAGAAGAAUGUAGAUACCAUUCUUAAAGAAUAUGUGACUUUUGUGAAGUCACAGGGACUUGCUGAUAAUAGGGAAUACUCUGUUGAUGAAGCUGUAGUUGGAAUAAGAGAGUAUUUCAACAAGAUGCUGGGCACUCAGCUGCUCUGCCAGUUUGAAAGGCCCCAGUAUGCCAAAAUUCACCUGGCUUAUCCUGAUAUUCCAAUGUCUCAGGUUUAUGGGGCUCCACACCUCCUGCGAUUGUUUGUGAAAAUUGGGACUGCAUUGGCCCAUUCAUACCUUAAUAGGCAGAGUCUUCUCUUAGUGUCUAACUACAUGCAUGACUUUCUUGACUACCUUGCAGAGAAUUCCACUUCUCUCUUUAAUGUCAACAAUUAUAAAGUAGCUUCUGCCGAAUAUUGUUGCAAAGCCCUGUGAGGGUCAGCUGACCACUCUUUUAGUCCUGGAUCAGUAAAUAUUUCUGUUUGCUGUUUGGAUUGUGUUAUUGAAAAUUGUAUAACAGAGCUUAAUGUUUCCAUUUGAUUAUUAUUGUGAGCAGAAAAAAAUAUUAAGUGCUUCUUUACCACCAUGUACCAUCAUUCAACAGCAAAUAAAUGUUCACUAAAAAU